AUGAAAACAGUAAGAAAUUGGAAGGAAAAUAUUGAACCAGUGGGAACAAGUGUGGUAAAUGAUUUUGAUCCCAGUGUUUUGAUGUAUGACAAUGAAUGUAGUGAUGAAGUACGCCAGAUAACAUCGGAUGAUGUGGUGAUUUGGGUUGAUCCUUUAGAUGGAACUUAUGAAUUAGUUGCAGCUGAAGGCAAUAUAUCGCGACAGCAAGAAGUGACUGUACUAAUUGGUGUGUCUUAUCAAGGACGGCCAGUGGCUGGUGUAAUACACCAACCUUUUUGGGGAAUUAAUACUGUGGGUCGCACAAUUUGGGCAAUCAAAGGAAUGGGCGUUCAUGGCAUAGAGAUUAUUGAAAGCAAUUCACAAAGAUAUGCUGUUACAACACGGAGUCAUUCUACUCCUCAAAUUCGUGACACAAUAAACAUUAUGAAGGAAAAGAAUCUAAUUAGCGAUGCUGAAUUUGUUGGUGGAGCCGGGUUUAAGGCACGUUAUUCGGACGAUCCAUUUUGUAUCAGUGUCUUGAAAUGUUUAGAAGGCGCUGCUGCUUAUGUUUUUCCCAGUCCUGGUUGUAAAAAAUGGGAUACAUGUGCUCCAGAAGCAAUAAUUACUGCAUCAGGUGGCAAACUUACGGAUAUCUCAGGAAAUGAUCUCUAUUAUGGUGCAGAUACGCAAAUAGCAAACAGUGGUGGUGUGUUGGCAACAGCGCAUUGGGUAAAUCAUCAGGAAUUUGUGGACUGCAUUCCAGAAAGAAUAAAAGUACUUGUGCGUGAAUUAGCCCGUAAUUGA